CCGGACCAUGUCGUACAACGCUCUAUCGAAGGCUGCGUCCUCUGCUCCCCGAUGCGCUCGUCGCGCUCAUGCACAUGAUACUUGCAUGCCCUUGAAGAGGCACGCCUCAACAAAAUUCAAGGCUGCAGAACGGUUAUCCCCUUUGCCCCCCCACAAGAUGAGGGCUCUCGUCACGCUCUACCACAAGGCCGACACCUUCAUAACACCCGAAGGGCUCGAUAGCGCCAUUGACGCCACCUUCACCGCGGAUCGCCAGGGAGUAUACCGCAAUCUUGGACGCGACAUGUCACUCCGUGAACUCUGGGCUGAAGUAGACCGCCGACGACUUCUCCCGAAAGACGUCUCCGCUACGGAACAGGGCAAGGAUCGGGGGUCUAGUCUGCGGGACAAACUUUUCCAACUUAGAAGGGGAUGGAGCGAGCACGCUGGAAGUGCGAGAGAGUUUAGAGUCACUGCAGCGUUGUUUGGAGUCAGCGAGGGAUCUGUGAACCCAGGCUACGAGGUUCUGAAGGACAAGAAGGAACAAGUCCUGCAGGCACUCGACCAACGUCAGUCAGCAGAUACCUCGCAUAUCAAACAGUCGACAGGGACUCAGAAGACAUAACUUCAUGCUGGAUUAUUCAACCUAGCCUGGCAUUACAGCUCAUCAGCGAAUUUUCGCCGUAUAUGUUCUACUUUGUCACAAGCUCUAGGCUGUACCCCUAUCACGAGUCAAUAGAUUCACACGCCUAGCAGUGCAC